AUGUUUCGGAAUAGUCUCAAGAUGCUUCUUACUGGAGGGAAAUCAAGUCGUAAAAACAGAUCAAGUGAUGGAGGGAGCGAGGAACCACCGGAUCGAAGACAGUCAAGUGUAGACUCUCGCCAAAGCCGCUCUGGGCAAGGUGGCAUCUCCACAGAAAGCGACUGUGCUUUUGAGCCAGACUACGCCGUCCCACCACUUCCAGUGAGUGAAGGUGAUGUUGAACAGGAACUUGGUCCCCCUCCAUCUGUAGAUGAGGCAGCAAACACACUCAUGACUCGUCUGGGUUUCCUCCUCGGAGAGAAAGUCUCGGAAGUUCAGCCAGGUGACCAAUACAGCAUGGAAGUACAGGAUGAAAAUCAGACUUCAGCAAUCACCCAGCGGAUAAGUCCCUGUUCCACCUUGACUAGUAGCACUGCCUCUCCACCGGCCAGUAGCCCCUGCUCCACCCUCCCGCCAGUCAGUACAAAUGCAACUGCCAAGGACUGCAGCUAUGGGGCUGUUACUAGUCCAACCUCUACCCUUGAAAGCAGAGAUAGCGGCAUCAUUGCUACAUUGACAAGCUAUUCUGAAAACGUGGAACGCACAAAAUAUGUUGGGGAAAGCAGUAAAGAAUUAGGAUCUGGAGGAAACCUGAAACCUUGGCAGUCUCAAAAAUCCAGUAUGGAUUCGUGUUUGUAUCGAGUAGAUGAAAACAUGACGGCUUCCACCUAUAGUCUGAAUAAGAUCCCUGAGAGGAAUUUGGAAACUGUUCUAUCGCAGUCAGUACAGUCUAUUCCUCUGUAUCUUAUGCCACGGCCAAAUUCAGUAGCAGCCACAAGCUCUGCCCACUUGGAGGACCUUGCUUACCUGGAUGAACAGAGACAUACACCAUUGAGAACUUCUCUUCGAAUGCCGAGGCAGAGCAUGGGCGGUGCUCGCACACAACAGGAUCUGAGAGUUCAUUUUGCACCUUAUAGGCCUCCAGAUAUCUCCCUGAAGCCUCUGCUCUUUGAAGUGCCCAGCAUCACUACGGAGUCAGUGUUUGUUGGCCGGGAUUGGGUUUUCCACGAAAUAGAUGCUCAACUUCAAAGUUCAAAUGCCAGCGUGAACCAAGGAGUAGUGAUUGUGGGAAACAUUGGGUUCGGCAAAACUGCCAUCAUCUCCAGACUGGUGGCCCUCAGCUGCCACGGAACACGGAUGAGACAGAUCGCCUCAGACAGCCCACACGCCUCCCCCAAACAUGUGGACGCCAACAGAGAGCUGCCACUCACACAGCCACCCUCAGCCCACUCGUCCAUCCCCAGUGGAAGCUGCCCAGGGACCCCAGAAAUGCGCAGGCGGCAGGAGGAGGCCAUGCGGAGACUAGCCUCACAGGUGGUUGCCUAUCACUAUUGCCAAGCAGAUAAUGCCUACACCUGCCUGGUACCAGAAUUUGUCCACAAUGUUGCUGCCCUGCUCUGCCGCUCACCUCAGCUGGCAGCCUAUCGGGAGCAGCUUCUUCGGGAGCCUCAUUUACAGAGCAUGCUGAGCCUUCGGUCCUGUGUUCAAGACCCCAUGGCCUCCUUCCGGAGGGGAGUCCUGGAGCCCCUGGAGAAUCUCCACAAAGAGAGGAAAAUCCCAGAUGAAGAUUUCGUCAUCUUAAUUGAUGGAUUAAAUGAAGCAGAAUUUCACAAACCGGAUUAUGGGGAUACAAUUGUGUCAUUUCUGAGUAAAAUGAUUGGAAAAUUUCCGUCUUGGCUCAAACUAAUUGUCACAGUUAGGACCAGUUUACAGGAAAUUACCAAGCUGCUGCCUUUCCAUAGGAUUUUUUUGGAUCGACUAGAAGAGAAUGAAGCCAUAGACCAGGACCUGCAGGCUUACAUCCUGCACCGGAUACACAGCAGCUCAGAGAUCCAGAAUAACAUUUCACUUAAUGGCAAAAUGGACAAUACUACAUUUGGCAAACUCAGUUCUCAUCUCAAGACCCUCAGUCAAGGGUCCUAUCUAUACCUGAAACUCACAUUUGACCUCAUAGAGAAAGGCUAUCUAGUGUUAAAGAGCUCUAGCUACAAAGUAGUUCCUGUUUCACUCUCUGAGGUUUAUUUACUCCAGUGCAAUAUGAAGUUCCCAACCCAGUCUUCCUUUGACCGGGUGAUGCCUCUCCUGAAUGUGGCAGUGGCCUCCCUGCACCCACUGACUGAUGAACAUAUCUUCCAGGCCAUCAAUGCUGGUAGCAUUGAAGGCACCCUAGAAUGGGAGGAUUUUCAGCAGAGAAUGGAGAACCUCUCCAUGUUCCUAAUCAAGCGCAGAGACAUGACUCGUAUGUUUGUACAUCCUUCUUUUCGAGAAUGGCUUAUCUGGAGAGAAGAAGGAGAGAAAACCAAAUUUCUCUGUGAUCCCAGGAGUGGUCACACAUUACUUGCUUUCUGGUUUUCCCGCCAAGAAGGAAAACUAAACCGACAGCAGACUAUAGAGCUGGGACAUCACAUCCUCAAAGCACACAUUUUUAAGGGUUUGAGUAAAAAAGUUGGCGUGUCCUCCUCUAUCCUCCAAGGUCUCUGGAUCUCCUACAGCACAGAAGGCCUUUCCAUGGCAUUGGCAUCUUUACGAAAUCUCUACACUCCAAAUAUAAAGGUCAGCCGACUCCUGAUCUUGGGAGGUGCCAACAUUAAUUACCGGACAGAGGUUUUAAAUAAUGCUCCAAUUCUGUGUGUGCAGUCUCAUCUUGGUUACACAGAAAUGGUGGCCCUGCUGUUGGAGUUUGGGGCCAACGUGGAUGCGUCUUCAGAAAGCGGCCUGACUCCUCUGGGCUAUGCCGCGGCAGCAGGCUACCUGAGCAUCGUUGUGCUGCUGUGCAAGAAACGCGCCAAGGUGGAUCAUUUGGACAAGAAUGGGCAGUGCGCUUUGGUCCAUGCUGCACUCCGAGGUCAUCUGGAGGUUGUCAAGUUUUUGAUUCAGUGUGACUGGACGAUGGCCGGCCAGCAGCAAGGAGUAUUUAAGAAGAGCCACGCCAUCCAACAGGCCCUCAUCGCUGCGGCCAGCAUGGGCUACACCGAGAUUGUCUCCUACCUACUUGAUCUUCCAGAAAAAGAUGAAGAAGAAGUAGAGCGAGCGCAGAUCAACAGCUUUGACAGUCUCUGGGGAGAGACAGCACUGACAGCUGCAGCUGGAAGGGGCAAACUGGAGGUAUGUCGUCUGCUCUUGGAACAGGGGGCAGCAGUGGCCCAGCCAAACCGCCGAGGGGCAGUGCCCCUAUUCAGCACUGUCCGCCAGGGCCAUUGGCAGAUUGUUGAUCUUUUACUCACCCAUGGAGCUGAUGUCAACAUGGCAGACAAGCAGGGUCGUACCCCGCUGAUGAUGGCUGCCUCUGAAGGCCAUCUAGGAACUGUGGACUUUCUACUUGCACAAGGUGCCUCCAUUGCUCUCAUGGACAAAGAAGGGCUGACAGCCCUCAGCUGGGCUUGUUUGAAGGGUCAUCUCUCAGUAGUACGUUCUCUGGUGGAUAAUGGAGCCGCUACGGACCAUGCUGACAAGAAUGGCCGCACCCCAUUGGAUCUGGCAGCUUUCUAUGGUGAUGCCGAGGUGGUCCAGUUCCUGGUGGAUCACGGGGCCAUGAUUGAGCAUGUUGACUAUAGCGGAAUGCGCCCUUUGGAUAGGGCUGUGGGGUGCCGGAACACUUCUGUUGUUGUCACUCUUCUGAAGAAAGGAGCCAAGAUAGGUCCAGCCACAUGGGCGAUGGCCACCUCCAAACCAGACAUCAUGAUCAUCCUGUUGAGCAAGCUGAUGGAAGAGGGGGACAUGUUUUAUAAGAAAGGUAAAGUAAAGGAAGCUGCCCAGCGCUACCAGUACGCUCUGAAGAAAUUCCCUAGAGAAGGGUUUGGUGAGGACUUGAAAACCUUCCGGGAACUAAAAGUGUCUCUCCUCCUCAACCUCUCUCGAUGUCGCAGGAAAAUGAACGAUUUUGGAAUGGCGGAGGAAUUUGCUACUAAGGCCUUGGAGCUGAAACCGAAAUCUUAUGAAGCUUACUAUGCGAGAGCAAGGGCCAAACGCAGCAGCAGACAGUUUGCAGCAGCCUUAGAGGAUCUGAACGAGGCCAUCAAGCUCUGCCCAAACAACCGUGAGAUCCAGAGGCUCCUGCUGCGCGUGGAGGAAGAGUGCCGACAGAUGCAGCCACCGCCGCCGCCGCCUCAGCAGCCGCCUCAGCCGCCGCUACCAGAAGAAACGGAACCCGAAGCACAGCACGAAGAUGUAUACUCUGUACAGGAUAUGUUCGAGGAGGAGUACCUGGAACAGGAUGUUGAAAAUGUCUCCAUUGGCCUCCAGACCGAAGCUCGGCCCAGUCAGGGGCUCCCGAUAAUCCAGAGCCCGCCCUCCUCCCCAGCCCAUCGGGACUCAGCCUACAUCUCUAGCUCACCGCUCGGCUCGCAUCAGGUCUUUGACUUCCGUUCCAGUAGUUCUGUAGGCUCUCCCACCAGACAGAGCUAUCAGUCCACCUCACCCGCUCUUUCUCCAACUCACCAGAACUCUCAUUACAGGCCCAGCCCACCACAUACAUCCCCAGCCCACCAGAGCGGGUCUUACCGCUUUAGCCCCCCUCCCGUGGGAGGGCCAGGCAAGGACUAUCCCAGCCCUCCUCCGUCCCCCCUCCGUAGAGGCCCUCAGUACCGGGCCAGCCCUCCAGCUGAAAGCAUGAGUGUCUACAGAUCCCAGUCGGGCUCACCCGUGCGCUAUCAGCAAGAAACAAAUGUUAGUCAGCUUCCUGGCAGACCAAAAUCUCCAUUAUCCAAAAUGGCCCAGCGGCCCUAUCAGAUGCCUCAGCUUCCUGUGGCAGUUCCCCAGCAAGGGCUCAGGCUACAGCCUGCCAAGGCCCAGAUUGUGAGAAGCAACCAGCCCAGCUCAGCGGUUCAUUCAAGCACCGUCCUCUCCACAGGGGCCUAUGGCCAAGUAGCCCACUCGAUGGCUAGUAAAUACCAGUCUUCUCAAGGAGACAUGGGAGUAAGUCAGAGCCGGUUGGUUUAUCAAGGGUCAAUUGGGGGGAUUGUAGGGGAUGGGAGGCCCGUGCAGCACGUCCAGGCCAGCCUGAGUGCAGGUGCCAUCUGUCAGCAUGGAGGGUUGACCAAAGAAGACCUUCCACAGCGACCUUCCUCAGCAUAUCGAGGUGGUAUGAGAUACAGCCAGACACCACAGAUUGGCCGUAGCCAGUCUGCAUCCUAUUACCCGGUCUGUCACUCAAAACUAGAUCUGGAGCGCUCCUCCAGCCAACUAGGUUCCCCUGAUGUGUCACAUUUAAUCAGAAGACCUAUUAGUGUCAACCCUAAUGAAAUCAAGCCCCACCCACCAACUCCCAGGCCAUUGCUGCACUCCCAAAGCGUAGGCCUGCGCUUCUCUCCAUCUAGCAAUAGUAUCUCAUCAGCCUCCAACCUCACUCCUACCUUCCGGCCAUCUUCCUCGAUUCAACAAAUGGAGAUCCCACUAAAACCGGCGUAUGAUAGGUCAUGUGACGAGCUGUCACCGGUGUCUCCCACUCAGGGAGGUUACCCCAGUGAGCCCACCCGAUCCAGGACCACACCAUUCAUGGGGAUCAUAGAUAAAACAGCCCGGACUCAACAGUACCCCCACCUUCACCAGCAGAAUCGGACCUGGGCCGUGUCAUCCGUGGAUACCGUUCUCAGUCCCACGUCUCCAGGCAACCUGCCUCAGCCUGAGUCCUUCAGUCCACCAUCAUCCAUCAGCAACAUUGCCUUUUAUAACAAAACCAACAAUGCACAGAAUGGCCAUUUGCUGGAGGACGAUUAUUACAGCCCCCAUGGGAUGCUGGCUAAUGGGUCCCGCGGAGACCUCCUGGAGAGAGUCGGCCAGGCCUCCUCAUACCCCGAUGUGAAGGUGGCGCGGACCCUCCCUGUGGCUCAGGCAUAUCAGGACAACCUGUACCGGCAGCUGUCCCGGGACUCUCGACAAGGGCAGACAUCCCCUAUCAAACCAAAGAGACCAUUUGUGGAGUCUAAUGUUUAA